AUGGUCCUCCUUACCUCGUCCUCAAUAUCUGUCGUUCUGUCCAGCGGGGUCGUAUGCAUGUUCACAUUCCUCCUGUUCCUGUCAGGCUAUGUCGUUCAACAGCAGACUGUACGCUCUCUGCAAGCUGCGCUGCAUGCGCCGCCAAUGCCCACCCCAACAUUGCCAGUGUAUUUCCAGAAAGGACACGAGAGCGAGUGGACCGAGGUAGCGAACGCGACAGAGCCUGUUGGAAAGAACGCGGCUGAGGCUGAACUAGAAUUCCCUGAGGAAAGAAGGCCGUCGGGUUUCCAGACAAUCAUGAAAAGCGACCCGGAGCCAACUGCUCCGCCAUUCAGCGAAGUUGGGAUGGAAGUUCAGCCCCUUGUCCUGGGUGAAGCAGUUACUGAGACUUCACCUGCAGCGCAGCUCUCGACACCAAGCGUCCUUUCUGACGAGCGAACCAAAAUCGUUGAACAAAUACCGUUGACUGCACCUUCAACUCCCGAGCCCGCCUCUGAAUCGUCAGCGCGUCUUGCAUACGCCCAGCUUCUCAGCAAUCCAUCACAGAUUUGUAGUGCCCUUCUUUUCUUCAGGCAGCAGAUGGAGCAUGGCGACCCCGACAUCAGCCGCAUUAUACUUUAUCCCUCACUGUGGGAUGAGGACAGCUCAUCUGAUGCAUAUAGCAAUGCUAUAACGCUCAUGUGGCUGGUCAAGGAUCAGUACAAGAUCGUAUAUGAAUCAUUCAUAGUCGAAGACUCAUCGAGAGAACGGAGUAUCGAAAAAGAACUGAUCGCUCAUCUUGCAACAGACAAUUGGGGACUUGACCGAAUAAUGUAUCUCCGCAGCCCAGGCUUAGCGCUCAACAUUCCAGCUCUGGACUCAGCGCUGCAAGCCUCAAAGAGAAAUUCCUCGCUGUCUAGAGGUUGGGCUAGUGCGAGUGUUGAGCCAUCCGCGGACCAUCCAAUAUUGUUGAUCUCAGAUGAGGGGACACACAUGCCGCGAGGCAGCAACAGACGCUUGAUCGCAAAGGCGUUCACAUCACACGCAAAUCACCAUGAGAACGAGAUGGACGUGGAAGCUGCUGCGCGCACGGCAGCUUAUGUCCAUUUCGAAGAAGGGGAGCUUGAGCACCGAAGAACGGAGAAGGAAUGGUAUGGAGGGGUAUUUGAGAAGUACGAGAGAGGAAGAGCGGAGGUUUGUAGGGAUAUCAGUUUUGAUGAUAAGAGGACAGAGCUCAGGAAGACCAAAAGGAGAGGAUGGAGGUGA